AUGAAGGACGCAGCCCAAAGCCGCGGAGGCACGUGCAUUCCCGGCUCCCAGCGGGGCGGCCCCGGCCCGGGCGGACUCCGCAGCGCCCGAGGGGAGCAGACCGAGGCCGAAGCCGCCGCCGCCGCGCCGCCGCACGGCUACCCUUUCGCGGCCCCCGGCGGCGGCGGCGGCCCCAACGCUCCAGCCCCCGGCGGCGGCGGCGGCGGCGAGCCCGAUGGAGCCGGGGCCAGCUGUGCCUCGGCCGGGCCGGGCCCGGGGGCCGUCGCCACCAAGGCGCCCGUCAAGAAGAACCCCAAGGUGGCCAACGUGAGCGUGCAGCUGGAGAUGAAGGCGCUCUGGGACGAAUUCAACCAGCUGGGCACCGAGAUGAUCGUCACCAAAGCCGGCAGGCGCAUGUUCCCCACUUUCCAGGUGAAGAUUUUCGGCAUGGACCCCAUGGCCGAUUACAUGCUGCUCAUGGACUUCGUGCCGGUGGACGACAAACGGUACCGGUACGCCUUCCACAGCUCGUCGUGGCUGGUGGCCGGGAAGGCCGACCCUGCCACCCCGGGCCGCGUCCACUACCACCCGGACUCGCCGGCCAAGGGCGCCCAGUGGAUGAAGCAGAUCGUGUCCUUCGACAAGCUCAAACUCACCAACAACCUGCUGGAUGACAACGGCCACAUCAUCUUGAACUCCAUGCACAGAUACCAGCCCCGCUUCCACGUGGUCUACGUGGACCCGCGCAAGGACAGCGAGAAGUACGCGGAGGAGAACUUCAAAACCUUCGUGUUCGAGGAGACCCGAUUCACGGCCGUCACCGCCUACCAGAACCACAGGAUCACGCAGCUCAAGAUCGCUAGCAACCCCUUCGCCAAAGGCUUUCGGGACUGCGACCCUGAGGACUGGCCUCGCACCCACCGGCCAGGCACCCUGCCUCUCAUGAGCGCCUUUGCCCGUUCCCGGAACCCGGUGGCCUCUCCCGCCCAGCAGAACGGGACUGAGAAAGAUGCUGCCGAGAGCCGCAGGGAGUACGAGCGGGAAGCCAGCGGGACCCCCCUGCACGCCGAUCCGGCCCACCAGCAGCUCAUGUCCCGGGUGCUGAGCCCAGCGCUGCCCGUCCCGGGCGCCGGAGGCCUGAUGCCGAUCCCGGCCACGGCGGGGGGCAGGCCGAGCCCCCCGCACCACGAACUGCGCCUGGAGGCACCCAGCGCCUCGGAGCCUCUGCACCAUCACCCCUACAAGUACCCGGCAGCCGCCGCGGCCGCGGCCGCCGCCUACGACCAUUACCUCGGGGCCAAGAGCCGGCCGGCGCCCUACCCCCUGCCCAGCAUCCGGGGGCACGGCUACCCGCACCCUCACCAUCACCACCACCACCACCACCACGUGAACCCCGCGGCCGCGGCCGCAGCGGCCGCCGCCAACAUGUACUCCUCCGCCGGAGCCCCGGGCAACUACGACUAUGGGCCAAGAUAACCCGCCUCCGCGACCCCGGCCCCGGCCAGCCGAGAUCCCUCCGCCCUCGGCCCCCAACCCACCCCCACCCCGAGCUCGACCGGCGCGCCUGAGGUCACUCUCCGGCCCUGAUGUCCGCGCCCGCCGGACGUCCAGCCUGGGGCCCUCCCUAAGGGGGCCUCGGAUCUCCCUGUCCAGCCCCAGCCCCAGGGCCCAGCCUGGCCCCCCUCUCUGGCGGGGCUUUUCCAGCUGAGCUCGAGCUCAGCAUCCUUCCGUCCAUCCGGAUCUCCUCUCCAGGCCCAGGCCGGACAUCCAUCCGGGCGGGCUCCUUUCUAGC